AAAGAGACCCAUUUAAACGGUGGCGGGAACAUCAUUUUCGGGUUCUUCUCUAAUUGAGACAUCUGCAGUUGGGGUGACGGUGAAAGUUGUCUCUUCUUGUGUGAACAUGGUGCGGACCAAAGCAAACUACGUUCCAGGAGCCUACAGAAAAGCGGUGGCUUCUCAAGCCCCUAGGAAGGUGCUUGGCUCCUCCACCUUUGUCACCAAUUCUUCAAGUUCGUCGAGAAAAGCUGAAAAUAAGUAUGCAGGAGGGAACCCAGUCUGUGUGCGCCCAACUCCCAAGUGGCAAAAAGGCAUCGGGGAAUUCUUCAGGCUGUCCCCUAAAGAGUCUAAAAAGGAAAACCAGGCUCCUGAAGAAGCAGGAACCAGUGGCUUAGGAAAAGCAAAGAGAAAAGCUUGUCCUUUGCAACCUGAUCACAGAGAUGAUGAAAACGAAUAGAAUUUACUCAUCUGAAUAAUGUCUCCGGUUUUUCUACAUUACUUACAUGUAAAUUUGGGUAAAUGAGUUUGUCCAAUUGGCUUGUUGAGGGGAAAAAAAAUUAGGCUAAAAUUUAGCCAUUCAAAAGAAACCAGAUGUAAGAAUGGAGAAUUUUUAUAAUUUGUAAAUUUGAAUUGCAUGCUUACACUUAUGCCCUAUGCUCCUCCUUUCUUACCUGUUAAAGCUUCUUCUUAAAGCCAACGUUCCCUGGCACUCUACUUGCUACUCUACGGUCUUUGCUUAGAUUUUUGUACUGAUGCCAUUUUAUGGGCAGUGAUUAUGGAAAUGACGCCAUAUUGUUAUGGCAUGUUUGCUUUAAAAAUUUGACUUAGGCUGGGUGUGGUGGCGCACGCCUUUAAUCUUUAAGAGUGAGUUCCAGGUCAGCCAGGGCUAUACAGAGAAACCCUGUCUCGAAAAACCAAAAAAAAAAAAAAAAAUUGACUUAGUCUUUUUUACAUUAAAAUUUUCAAUAUUACCUAAGUAAAAUCUCUUGUCAUUUAUCAGAAUGGGUUGGGGAGGCAAAGAUAAAAUGCUGAAAAGCUAGUUGUGUAUCUUUUUAAGGAAAUGUUAGCUGGGUGUUAAAGGGCUGCACACCUUUGGUCUCAGCACUGAGGAGGCAAAGCCAGGUGGAUCCCUGAGUCUCAGGCUAUAGAGGGAGUUCCAGCCAGCCAGGACUAGGACUAUACAGAGGAUCUCUGUCUUGAAAAAACAAAAAGAAAGAAAAGAGUUAAAAGACCAGUUUGUCUUGAGGACUUAACUAGUUGACAACCAUACAAAGAGAUAAAAUACUAACAGAAGCAGGGACAAAGACUCCAUAGAUACAUUAAAAGGAUUUUUUUGGAUAUACAUUCAGUUCGUUAUCAUAAAACAGUACUUUUUUUCAUGUACUACUUUUUCUUUCCUAUGUACCCCCUGACAGCUCCUCUGUUAGCCCGGCUUGUCUUGGAACUCACUUGGCAGUCAGGCUGAGGUGGGAUUCAAGGUGGGCACCACCACGCCCUUAGAUAAAAUAAUGAGACAAAUCGUGCUGCAAAUCAGGUUUUAUAUGUCAGGUCCUUAGCAUUUCCCCGUCAUUUCUCAAGAUGACUUGAGAUCAUUGAACUUAUAGAUAUAGUAGUAACUGUUUUGAGAUAGGAUCUCAUUAUAUAGCCUCUUAGGUGGCCUUAUGUAGAACACGCUAACCUUGAAUUCACAGAGAUCUGCCUAUCUGUCUAUCAUCUGCUAGGAUUAUAGGUGGGAACAUGCAUUUUUACUUUUUAUUUUGUUAUAUUUAUCUCAUUUUCGUGUGUGUGUGUGUGUGUGUGUGUGUGUGUGUGCUUGUAUGCACACGAAAUUGUGUGUUUGGGUAUGUGUGGAGGCUCAAGGAUGCUAUUGAAUCUCCUGUAUUCACAACACAAGGAACCAUGGGUAUGUCAACCAGGGUAGCCUCAAACUUCCUCUUUUUUUUUUUUUUUUUGUAAUCCUACUGUCUCAGUCUCCCUGGGUGCUGGGGUUAACGGUGUGUACCCCCAUAAUAAAUGAUAUACUUGACUUUCUCCUCAUGGUUUGACAGACUAUCACUUUUUCAAAAUUAACCAUGUUUUUGGCAGCCUAUCUUUUUUACAUUAAAAUUUUCAAUAUUACCUAAGUAAAAUCUCUUGUCAUUUAUCAGAAUGGGUUGGGGAGGCAAAGAUAAAAUGCUGAAAAGCUAGUUGUGUAUCUUUUUAAGGGUUUCUCUGUGUAGCCCUGGCUGUCCUGGAACUCACUCUGUAGACCAGGCUGGCCUCAAACUCAGAAAUCCAACUGCUUAGACAUUAAGCAGAACCUCUUUCAAUCCAAAGUACUUUGAAAAUCAUGUUUCUUGUUUCUCUGUUUUUUGUUUGUGCUUUUGCCUUUUUAAAUAAACAUUUAUUUUUAUUUUGCAUACAUG